GUUCAACAACUCUACCUGGUGACUUCUUGUGGUAUUUUGAACAAAGCACCGUGGUAAUUAUGCGAAGUUCAUUAACCGACGGAUAUAUUUAACGCGAAAUAGUAAGAUAAUACGCACAGAUUUAUUAGCAUACAGUUGAUAAGAGAAAGGGUUUACUGCAGUCUUCAUUUCCACUACAGUCGGAUGUGACUUACUGUAUCACAGUCUUUUGUUAAGAGUUACGUUUCCGAAACGGCUGGUAGGCUUUUUCGUUUGGAAAUGUUCGGGGUUCUCCAGCAAUAUCUUUGAGGCGACGUCGGGGCUUUAUUUCACUGCAAAUAGUUAUACAAAAACUUGGUCAUUAGUAACGGUCGCCGUGGAAAGAGACGAGCCAUUGGACACCAGAUUUGUGGGAAGAGCAUCUCUCCCUCACUGAGGGGUGGGAGGAGCCAUAUAUUGUAGGUGGGGCAUGUAGGACCCACCCACUCCAAAUAUGGACAACGAGUCUCAAUACUCUGGCUACUCUCACAGGUCUUCGCACUCACACAGCUCCAGAAAGCACAGAGACCGGAGGGACAGACAUCAGAGGUCAAAGAGCAGAGAGAGCAGCAGGGGACACAGAACAAAGCAUGGACAAAGUCAAGGUGCCCCACUUCUGGAUGACCAUUGGGCGGACAACGCCACCAUCAUCACGGCCACGUCGGAGCGCAGUGGCUCCCGCGACGACAACCUCAGCGCCCUCGGCGGCGGCGAUGAGAUCGAGGAGCUCCACGCUGCUCCCCCUGGUGGCAAGAGCGGGGGACGGCGCCUGGCGGCCCUCUGCAGGGUCCUGCUGGGCUGCGCCCUGGGCCUUCCUCCCCUCCUCUCUCCGCCCACCUUCAUCCUCCUCCCUCGCCUGCUGCAGUGGAUGAGCUGGACGUCGGGGGGCGUGGACGGGGACGGGGACGGGGAAGGGGUUUCGGACGUCACCCGGGCCCCGGCGGAGGAGUGGGCGCCGGAGGGCCUCUGCGCGCAGCUCUGCGAUGGGGCCCACCUGGCCCUGGCCGUCAAGCUGCUGCUGCUGCUGCCCUCCAGCUGGGCGCUGUUCCUGCGGGAGCCUCUGGGGGGCGCCGGAGUGCCGCGGGCGCAGCGUCCGCGCUGGUUCCUGCGCGCGCUGGUGCUGCUGUGCGCCGUCUGCCACUGGCUGCUCUACGCCGUCCGAGGGGUGUGGAGGCCGGACGCCGAGCCGCAAGCCGUCGUGGGAUUGGCCACGGCGUGCACGGACGCGCUGCUCUGGCUGCAGUACGCCGGCCUGAUGCUGCUGGAGGUCGCGACCUUGAACCAGCGCGCCUUCUGCCUCAAGGUCACGCGUAGCACUGAUGGAGAGAGCCGCUCUUACAAUGUGGGACACCUCAGUAUUCAGAGUGCUGCUGUGAGGGUGCUGGAGCAGUACUACAGAGACUUCCCCGUCCACAACCCCAACCUGCCCAAUCUGCCCAAAGCCAUCCUCUCACGCAAGAUGACCGGUUUCAAGCUCUACUCUCUGGAGGAGGAGAACAGCAGCGUGGGCACCUGCACCAACCCUCCUCCGGCACUGAUGAACUCGGCCCAGUGGAGACGAAACUGCCACAGCGAGCUCUACUACGAACAGACCGACUACGAGCGCCGCGUACGCAAACGCAAGGCCAGACUGGUGGUGGCGGUAGAGCAGGCGUUCUCACAGGUGCGGCGGGCGGAGGAGGGCGAGGCCCAGAAGCGCCAGCAGGGGGUGCUGGACCCGCGCGAGGCGGCACAGGCCAUCUUCGCCCCCAUGGCCCGCGCGCUGCAGAAGUACCUCCGCACCACUAGGCAGCAGCACUGCCACAGCAUGGAGGCCAUCCUCACACACCUGCAGUUCUGCCUCACGCACAACCUCAGCUCACAGGCCUUCCUGGAGCGCUACCUGAGCCCUGGCCCGACGCUGCAGUACCAAGCUGUGUCCAGCAGGAGGCAGGAGUGCGAGUGGACACUUCAAAGUGAGCUGUCCGUCACCUCCUCCCUCCAUGGGGGUGUGGUCUUCUCUUUGCACCGCCCACAGUUUGCCCUGGUUGUCACGGCAACACCCCUUCCUUUCCUUCAGCUGGGGGAGGAGUUUGUAAGCCCGAAAAGCCACCGCUUCAUUCUGAGAGUCCAGUCUGAGACCUCUGUGUGAGAAACAGAGGACGAAGAUGAGGAGAAGGAGAGAGAUAAGUUUAACACUCUAAUAUAAAACCAAUACUCAGAUAUUUAAAUACAGUAGUGCAAAGCAACAAGAUCCAGACGUGUUCUGUCCUCAAAGAGGAGCUGAAAGGAGGAGUAAAAUCAUAUAAGAGGGAAAAGGAGAGAGGGGGUAUAAAGAAAGAGAGGAGAUGAGGAGGGGGAGAAAAAGAGACAUUCAAUGAGGGGAGGAGGGCGGUGAAGAGGAAGAGAGAGCACUGUGGGCUUCAGAGGAGAAGAGGAAGGGAGGAGGAGGAAUAAAGAAGGAAAGAGGACACGAUGAAACACCUUCAUUUAAAUGGAGGGCAGAGUGUGAAGUCUCACUAAAGCUAAUUUAGUAACGAUGCAAAGCCUGUUUGCAUCCAUGACCAAGAUCCUGUGCACAGCUAUGAGCUCCCACAUGCCGCACGACAGCUGUAGCUCCUGCAGGAGACCCUCUGCUCCACGUGGGACUUUGCUCUUUGCCGCUCAUUUGAACAAGGGCCCAAGGAGAGCGCUGAGGUGGUCUGGCUCCUCUCCCCCAGCACCGCUGCCCGUUUACGUACAUCUCCCUGAGAUACUGCUCUGGCUCCUCUUAGUGCGUCUCUGUUUCCUCAGCCAAUCAGCGACGAGCGGGGAUUCCAUUUAAUCAUAAAUCAUUCACUUUGAAAUUCGAAAUUGGCUGUGGUAAAUGUUGAUAGCAAAGCCUGUAAACAUGCAAAAAAAAAUUGCGGUCAUAAGUAUGUGUACAUUCAUACAGCAAUAUAAAUACAUUGUGUCCUGACUGCCCAUGCGGUUUAGUUUGUACAGGUCAGACGGAGUGAUAUGUAACCUUUAAAAAAAAAACCUGAUCAAUGUGACUGAUUGGUCAGCCUGGACCAGUGGUUUCAAAGUUAGCACAAAGUCUAUGGCCAUUUUGAUGCUAGGGUUGGAAACAUUCCCCAGUGGAGAGCACCCAGCCUCUCUUCACAAAGUGAAUGAGUCUGGCGAAAGCAGGCUAGGGAUGAGGUAGAAAUGGACCGAUAGAACUGAGAGGAGUGAAAAGAGAGGAGGAUAGAGAGAGAUGAAGGGGUAGAGGGAGGAGAGAGGAGUGAGAACUUAACUCACACCCAACCAAUGGCCUUCUGCCCACACUCUGUCACCUCCUGACCAGCUUCAACUUCCCUGUUCUCGCGCCCCCGACUCCUGCUCACACAGACUUAAAGACUGAUCUGAAGUCAGCGCUCGCUCUGAGCAGACGCUGGGGAGCAGGCCGAGCCUGAACCAGGACCUGCUUCCCUCGGACUGUGUGUGUGUGUGUGUGUGUGUGCGCGUGUUGGAGGAGGAGAAGACUAAUGUUGUAUGUUACCUCUAAACCUACAUUUUUUAUUAUCAGAAGAAAUCUGACGUCUUCACUCACAUUCUCUGUAUCUCUCUCUCUUCCUGUGUGUGUGUGUGUGUGUGUGUGUGUGUGUGUGUGUGUGUGUGUGUGUGUGUGUGUGUGUGUGUGUGUGUGUGUGUGUGUGUGUGUGUGUGUGUGUGUGUGUGUGUGUGUGUGUGUGUGUGUGUGUGUGUGUGUAUGUGUGUGUCCUCCUUCAGGAAAUCAAACACCAAAUGAAACUAACUCAGGCCAUUAAGCUUCUGUUAUUGAGUGUGCGUUUAAUGAAAACAGUUAAACUAUUAUUUUUUGUAAACACCUUUUAUAUGCCAGCUUACAUGGUGAUAUUUGUGUCAUUUUUUAUUGUAUUGUAUUACUUUUGUACAGAAUCUUCAAAGUUGCAAUUUAAGUUGCAAUUGAAAUAAAAAAAAAGGUUUUUU